GCAAAUAUUCAAAAUUGCGAUUAAAAGCAGAUUCGCUUGCUGGGAGUUAAUCAUUUUGAACAAAACUAGCAGCGAACUACACGCUACACCAAUAAACCAUGAGCUCACAGAGACGUUUUCGUAUUGGUCAAUGGCUUCCUCCCGACAGGAGAAUCAUUGACCAAUGGGUUGCAGGUGUCAUCAAAGAGUGCCAAAGCGGUAAAUACAAAGAAAAGUUAGACAUGCUAAUGGCUCUUCAUCCACCAGCUCACGAUGAAGACAAAGCCCUUGCUGGACUUCCACUUGCAGAUACUAGAGCCAAAUAUACAGAUAAAGAUCUCUGUCUUCACAAACCAGUUGACGAUUUGAAGAAUGCCAUUCUCACCGACCCCGAGAUCAACAUGUUUUUCCAUCAGAUGUUCUGGCAACAGUAUCAUCUCCCUGGUGAUACGUCAGAAGGAACAAAAAUUCCGUCCUGGCAGUUGAUGAUAAUAAUAAUCGACUACAUCAUGACAAUAGCUCCUAAGUUCAACAAGACUGGAUUGGUUGGCUUCCCCAUCAAUGUCAUCUUGAACUGGCCCAUGGCUACCACCGCUGGAUUUGCUGCCUUCCUGAACGACAAGGUCAACAGGUUGUUCAAGAAUAUUCUCAAUUAUUGGGCGAAUUUUCUGUCCAGUCCAGAUUCCUGCUAUGUUUUGAGUGACGAUCCUCGACAUGGUUGGUUUGGUGAGGAUGCAAUGGAAGCAAUGCCAAACUUUGUUGAGGAGUUUAAAUGCGAUCCAGAUGCCCCUCAUUAUGGUUACAAGUCAUGGGAUGAUUUUUUCACCAGAGAGUUUCGCCCUGGAAUUCGCCCAGUAGAAUGUCCUGACGAUGAUUACAUUGUUGCCAACGCCUGUGAGUCGGCGCCUUACCAGAUAGCUACAUGCGUCAAAAAGAGGGACUACUUUUGGAUUAAGAGGCAACUGUACUCCUUAGACUUCAUGCUGAACAUGAAUCACCUGGCCUUGCAAUUUCAUGGCGGGACCGUCUACCAAGCGUUUCUCAGCGCCACCAGCUAUCACCGAUGGCACAGCCCAGUAUCGGGUACCAUCUUCAAGACAGAACUUGUUGAUGGCUCUUACUACUCGCAGACCUAUAACAUUAAGGACGACCCCGCAUCGCCCAACAUGUCUCAAGGAUACCUGGCCCAGGUAGCUGCCCGAGGGAUAAUCUACAUUUUGGCUGAUAAUCCUGAUAUUGGAUUGAUGUGUUUCGUAGCAAUCGGUAUGUCAGAAGUGUCUUCCAACGAUAUCACUGUUAAAGAGGGAGAAAAAGUCAAGAAAGGAGACCAGCUCGGUAUGUUCCACUUUGGUGGUUCCACCCACUGCCUGAUUUUCCGACCUGAAGUGAAAAUUGAGUUUGAUACUCGUGGUCAAACACCAGGUCUGGAUACCGACAAUAUUCCAGUAAGGGCCAAAAUUGCGACUGUUCAUCGCCAAACUGAGAAGAGCGGUGAAUCUGACUAAUCUGAAGAACAUUGAACUGAGAGUAUUCUGAAGAACAUUGAACUGUGAUUUCAUAUGCGUGUUGACAUUUGAGUUAUUUUUACUUAUGUUGAUCUUAAUCCCACUGGUCUUCUGGAAAAUUAAAGCGGCCACAUUAGACCUUUAAAAGCUGUUAAGGCAAUAAUUUUUUUCGCAUCAUUUAUCCAAUUUCUUUGGUAGUUUUAAACAUAAUCGGGGUUUUGAGUGCACGCAGUGCAGCCAACCGAGUAUUUUAAUCCUUAAGAUUUUGCCCGAAAAUUGACUACAAUUGUUUCACAGUGAAGGGUUAGAAAUGAGACAAUUGAGAAAUAAUCUUAGUUCAUAGUCUGCAGCAUUGACAUAAACUCUUAGCUCACUACUUUGUUGCAAGCAGGAGGGAAAACUCUAGCCCAACGGGCUUUGGGUUUGCCGGAAUUUUUCCGUUUAUCUUUGAGCAGUCUUUUAUGCAGAUUUAUAUUACUUUAGUUAUUUGCUUAUCUAUGUUGUCUAAAACAUCCUCUUUGUGAGUUGAAAGGAAGUAUGCACGCCCUAACUAUAAAGCCGAAACCGACAAUUUCAAAGUGUGAUCAUGCGUGAAGAACAGGAUGAAGAGACUGAUAUAUUGCAGAUUUUAUGUUAAAACUUGCAAUAUGCCGACUUUCCAGUUCAGUAAUUAAAAGUAAGCUUGCGUGUUAUGUGGAAAUAAAGACUUUUGUCUUUAAUAACUUAUUGGGCUGUCUGAUCCCGUGUACUCGAUUUAUUUGUGGAUGAUUUAAAAUUUUAGCAAAGAAAUCUCCAUUCAGUUUUGUGCAGUCAUGUGCACUUAAACAGGAAGGGUAAUCCCAGGGGUGGGGGGUACUGCCAUAGAUGGGCUAUAUAAGUAUGUGCCGCUGCGAAGGGUAUGGUUUUCAAGCAGUUUGCUCUAGGAUAGGGGAUAUAAAUCAGAGCGUUUGGGUCUAGAAAAGGGUAUCAUUUUUCAGGAAACUGAUCAGUUGGUUAAAGAUUUUAUCUAGACUAGGGAUUGUGGUAUAAGGUUUUGUUUUGGCUAGACUGUGCUAGUGACCUCAGUAGUUUCUGGAAAAACAGCCACUCUAGGAUAGGGGGAACUUGGAGAGUUUACUCUAGUAUAGGGUAGCAAAAUUCAGCUGAACUAGUUCUAGCAUACGUUAAGGGUUCCUGGGUCCCAGCGGCACAUCCUCACCCAGAAAUUCCUAAAGUACCACCUCCGGGGGGUAAUCUAAACUAGCUUAAACUUGAUCAUGUUCAAAAUUUGCUUCCUGCUAACCAUUCACCUUUGAACCUUAUAUCCGUUUGAUACAAUUAUUGAUUCAUUAAGAGUCACGGUUAUACUUAGUUUAGUUUCAUUCAAUACGAGUGCAUCAAUGUCAUCAACCACUAGGUUUCUUCUGUAGUUCGGCCGUGACUAGAAAACAAAUUAAAGUAAUUUACCAUACGACACCAAUAUAUUACUGAGAAAAUAAAAAAGAGUAAUCUUUAUAACCUCAAAGGUAUUUAAAAGACAGUCAUCAAAUCCCAAAAAGUAGAUUAGUCUUAGAUUAAUGCCACUUAAAUUUGCUUUUUUAAUUUCUAGAUUCCCUUUUUUCAUUGCUGGAUGUAUCUUGCAAACCAAAAAAACCUCUCUAGCCAAACCAAUCAUUUUUUUUUUCUUUAAGUAUAUUUUUAUAGGCUUCGGGUAAAGAGAAAAUAGCUUGAGAUCGUGUUGAUAUCAGCGUGUGUUAUAAUAAUGCACGUCGUUUGAUAGAUUAUUUGGUCGAACUUAUUUUUUCUCGUCCACGUUGUACAUCAUGAUGGACAAUUGCCGCAUUCUCACGGUAAAUUGUAAUGUACGUAUAUCCACAGAACGAACUUCACAACUUUGUAUUGUUAUUAUUUGGCAAGCUUUGAUUUGUAUUUCGCGAGAGUUUUGUCAUAAAAUGCUAUCUCAGCUCAACGUCAGCCCCCCUUUUGUAUACCUAAAUGAUUUGAAAGAAUGAGGUAAAUAUCUUUCAGAAUAAAAUUAAUCUAAACAGUCAAAUACUAUACAUUAGGACUGUGUAUCUUAUAUUAUCUCCGCAUUAUUUUGCAUGAGAAUCAAAGUCUUAAGUAUCGAAAUAUGCUAACAAAAUCGAAUUCCAAACAACGCCUUUACUUGAAGAGCCCAAUUCAAGAAUGAACCUGAUUGGGUCACUUCCAGUCACGGCAGCGUAAAUCAUCGUGUACCUAAACAACUCGGCAAAUAACGUAAGUCUGAUAACAGUUACGUUAUUCAAACUAUAUUGCUGUUGCUUAAAGCCAAACGCUACAACUACAGACCAGUAUGGUGUCGAAAGAAGAAACUGAUACAUUUUGCAUGUUCUUUUCGAGCUAUAUGGGCCCUUAUGAUCGCUGGUGGGACCCCCCCAUCCCUUUCUUUGAAGCAACGGGUUGACCGGACGGUCGAUUACUUCCAAUAAUCUGCUUUCGCAACGAGCAGUUUCAGUUAUCAAUCACGGGAAGCACUAUAUUGGCGGCCACGAAAUGCUGUGGACCUUUUUACACCAAAAAAAAAUUAAAUAACCUUUCGCUAAAACAAAAACACCAUUUAAUGGAUCAAAGUAUCAAGCUGACUGAAUUAAUUGAAACUGUCAAGUUUCAUAGAAAUCCUUCGCAAACUUUGAUAUUUCGGAAUUAUAUGAAAAGCCCCAUAUCGUGUGACUGCAGUAUUUAUAAAGGAACGAAUACCAGGGCAAUGCUAAUGCCCGACAGCAUAUCUUUCUAAUGUAAAUUUGGAGCCUUAUAUUUGUGGGAGAGUUUAAGGUUGAUUUUUGCAAGCGCUUGCAGAUUGACUAAAUUCAGAAUGAUAAAUUGAUCUUAACAAGUACCUUUAGCUUACCAUUUGGUGACACCGGUAAAGGGUCAUUUCAGAUCCUUGAAACUUGAAAAAAAGGAAAGAUUCGAACUAGGAUAGGAAUUUGAACCAUGUCCUCAAGACUUAGAUCACUCAAUGACUUUCUGAGUUGUUAAGUUGGUGUAUGGUGGGUGAAGAAAACUCCCUCAAACACUAUUGAGCUCACAUGCCAUUAGCGAUAUUAAUUGCAAAGAUGAUUUUGUUAAUGAGAGUGCGAAGCUAACUGCACGACGUUCGAUCGAUGAGAUUCCAGACAUUGACUCUGCUCCUUCUGUUUGGUCUACUUUAAUAACUGACGUUCCUGACCGUCAAGUUAGUACCCAUAAAGAAAUAACUAGGAAAAGGAUCACGAGGCAAGAGCUCCAUGGUUGAGUAAAAUCAGGACACCGGUCCGAAAUCCAUCAGAAAACCCCCCAAACAUCCCCGGAACACCCCCGGAACGCCCCAAGAACACCCCCGGAACACCCCUGAAACACCCCCGAAUCACCGGCAUAACAACCCUAUUAAGGUGACUCGACCCAGUUUUUUUUAGGGGGUACCAUCCUACUUUGAAGCUCUCUGGUAUCCCAACCUUUACUUUUAUCGUAAGUAUAACACAUAGAAUGGAUAGAGUGGUUUUCGUUUGAGUGUCGUAAAACCAAAACCAAAGUAAUUACUCUGGCCAAUCACAUAGGACACAGACAAUACAUUGAACCAAUCAAAACUCGAAGUAAUUACAUGUGGCUGACGCAAAACAAAACUAGCAGCGAACUACACGCUACACCAAUAAACCAUGAGCUCACAGAGACGUUUUCGUAUUGGUCAAUGGCUUCCUCCCGACAGGAGAAUCAUUGACCAAUGGGUUGCAGGUGUCAUCAAAGAGUGCCAAAGCGGUAAAUACAAAGAAAAGUUAGACAUGCUAAUGGCUCUUCAUCCACCAGCUCACGAUGAAGACAAAGCCCUUGCUGGACUUCCACUUGCAGAUACUAGAGCCAAAUAUACAGAUAAAGAUCUCUGUCUUCACAAACCAGUUGACGAUUUGAAGAAUGCCAUUCUCACCGACCCCGAGAUCAACAUGUUUUUCCAUCAGAUGUUCUGGCAACAGUAUCAUCUCCCUGGUGAUACGUCAGAAGGAACAAAAAUUCCGUCCUGGCAGUUGAUGAUAAUAAUAAUCGACUACAUCAUGACAAUAGCUCCUAAGUUCAACAAGACUGGAUUGGUUGGCUUCCCCAUCAAUGUCAUCUUGAACUGGCCCAUGGCUACCACCGCUGGAUUUGCUGCCUUCCUGAACGACAAGGUCAACAGGUUGUUCAAGAAUAUUCUCAAUUAUUGGGCGGAUUUUCUGUCCAGUCCAGAUUCCUGCUAUGUUUUGAGUGACGAUCCUCGACAUGGUUGGUUUGGUGAGGAUGCAAUGGAAGCAAUGCCAAACUUUGUUGAGGAGUUUAAAUGCGAUCCAGAUGCCCCUCAUUAUGGUUACAAGUCAUGGGAUGAUUUUUUCACCAGAGAGUUUCGCCCUGGAAUUCGCCCAGUAGAAUGUCCUGACGAUGAUUACAUUGUUGCCAACGCCUGUGAGUCGGCGCCUUACCAGAUAGCUACAUGCGUCAAAAAGAGGGACUACUUUUGGAUUAAGAGGCAACUGUACUCCUUAGACUUCAUGCUGAACAUGAAUCACCUGGCCUUGCAAUUUCAUGGCGGGACCGUCUACCAAGCGUUUCUCAGCGCCACCAGCUAUCACCGAUGGCACAGCCCAGUAUCGGGUACCAUCUUCAAGACAGAACUUGUUGAUGGCUCUUACUACUCGCAGACCUAUAACAUUAAGGACGACCCCGCAUCGCCCAACAUGUCUCAAGGAUACCUGGCCCAGGUAGCUGCCCGAGGGAUAAUCUACAUUUUGGCUGAUAAUCCUGAUAUUGGAUUGAUGUGUUUCGUAGCAAUCGGUAUGUCAGAAGUGUCUUCCAACGAUAUCACUGUUAAAGAGGGAGAAAAAGUCAAGAAAGGAGACCAGCUCGGUAUGUUCCACUUUGGUGGUUCCACCCACUGCCUGAUUUUCCGACCUGAAGUGAAAAUUGAGUUUGAUACUCGUGGUCAAACACCAGGUCUGGAUACCGACAAUAUUCCAGUAAGGGCCAAAAUUGCGACUGUUCAUCGCCAAACUGAGAAGAGCGGUGAAUCUGACUAAUCUGAAGAACAUUGAACUGAGAGUAUUCUGAAGAACAUUGAACUGUGAUUUCAUAUGCGUGUUGACAUUUGAGUUAUUUUUACUUAUGUUGAUCUUUAUCCCACUGGUCUUCUGGAAAAUUAAAGCGGCCACAUUAGACCUUAAAAAGCUGUUAAGGCAAUAAUUUUUUUUUCGCAUCAUUUAUCCAAUUUCUUUGGUAGUUUUAAACAUAAUCGGGGUUUUGAGUGCACGCAGUGCAGCCAACCGAGUAUUUUAAUCCUUCAGAUUUUGCCUGAAAAUUGACUACAAUUGUUUCACAGUGAAGGGUUAGAAAUGAGACAAUUGAGAAAUAAACUUAGUUCAUAAUCUGCAGCAUUGACAUAAACUCUUAGCUCACUACUUUGUUACAAGCAGGAGGAAAAACUCUAGCCCAACGGACUUUGGGUUUUCCCGGAAUUUUUCCGUUUAUAUUUGAGCAGUCUUUUAUGCAGAUUUAUAUUACUUUAGUUAUUUGCUUAUCUAUGUUGUCUAAAACAUCCUCUGUGUGAGUUGAAAAGAAGUAUGCACGCUUGUAGAAAUGCCCCCUAACUAUAAAGCCGAAACCGACAAUUGCAAAGUAUGAUCAUGCGUGAAGAGCAGGAUGAAGAGACUGAUAUAUUAAAGAUUUUAUGUUAAAACUUACAAUAUGCCGACUUUCCGGUUCAGUAAUUAAAAGUAAGCUUGCGUGUUAUGUGGAAAUAAAGACUUUUGUCUUUAAUAACUUAUUGGGCUGUCUGAUCCCGUGUACUCGAUUUAUUUGUGGAUGAUUUAAAAUUUUCGCAAAGAAAUCUCCAUUCAGUUUUGUGCAGU